AUGGGAAAUCUGCAGACCUUGAUUAAUUUUUCUAUAGCGCAUAAUGGAUUUCAAGGACCUAUUCCUGAGACAUUUGGCAAGUUGGUAAGUUUGGAAAUCUUGGAUUUAUCUCGUAACCAUCUCACUGGUGUGAUUCCUAAUUCAUUAGAGGCUCUUCUAUAUCUCAAGUAUUUCAAUGUANAUCUAUCCAUGAAUCAACUCUCGGGCAAUAUUCCUAGCACAAUGGGAAAUCUGCAGAACUUGAUUAAUUUUUCUAUAGCGCAUAAUGGAUUUCAAGGACCUAUUGAGACAUUUGGCAAGUUGGUAAGUUUGGAAAGCUUGGAUUUAUCUCGUAACCAUCUCACUGGUGUGAUUCCUAAUUCAUUAGAGGCUCUUCUAUAUCUCAAGUAUUUCAAUGUGUCUUUCAACGGAUUAAGUGGAGAAAUCCCCACCAGAGGUUGCUUUGCAAACUUCACGAAUCAAUCAUUCAUGUCAAACGAAGCAUUGUGUGGUGCUCCUAGGUUGGGUGUCCCAUCCUGUCAUACAAAAACUCUUCACCUUACAAGGAGAAGAAGAGUUCUUCUAGCUGUAUAUAUUUCCGUAGUGAUUGCUCUGAUAGUGCUUGCCUUGAUCUUCACAUUUGUGCUGGUAAGACGCCGAAAAAUAAACAGAAUUCCUGCUCAGACUGAACCAUUGCCAGGGAUAACACAUGGAAGAAUUACAAACGAAGAACUUUUUCGUGCCACCGAUGGUUUUAGUGACAGCAACUUGCUUGGCAAGGGGAGUUUUGGUUCAGUAUACAAAGGGAAGUUCAGAGAUGGGACACUUUUGGCCAUUAAGGUAUUCAACAUGCAACUGGAGGAUGCAUUCAAGAGUUUUCAUACAGAAUGCGAAGUGUUGCGCAGCAUCCGGCACUGGAAUCUGACCAAAGUCAUCAGCAGUUGCUCUAACCUUGAUUUCAAGGCAUUGGCACUGGAGUUCAUGCCUAAUGGGAGCCUGGAAAGGUGGUUAUAUUCUCACAACUAUUUCUUGGAUAUGUUGCAAAGAUUAAGCAUAAUGAUAGAUGUGGCAUGUGCAUUGGAUUACCUCCACCAAGGAUAUUCAACUACUGUGGUUCAUUGUGAUUUGAAGCCCAGCAAUGUCCUGCUAGAUGAAGACAUGGUCGGACAUGUGAGUGAUUUUGGCAUUGCAAAGUUAUUAGGUGCAGGGGACAGUAUUGCACAAACCAAAACCCUUGGCACAUUUGGGUAUAUGGCACCAGAGAUUGGAUUGGAAGGAUUAGUAUCGACAAGGGGUGAUAUUUACAGCUAUGGCAUUUUGGUGAUGGAAACAUUCACUAGAAGGAAGCCUAUUGAUGAAAUGUUUGCUGGAGACUUGAGCUUGAAGCAAUGGGUAAAGGAUUCACUGCCUGAUGGUAUAAUUCAAGUCAUAGAUGCCAACUUGCUAAGGCCAGAGGAAGAACACUUCGCUGAGAAGGCACAUUGUGUGUCUUCAAUUAUGGAACUGGCUUUGAACUGCUCUGCAGAAUCUCCUGCAGAGAGGAUCAACAUGAAAGAUGUUGCAGCCGCACUGAAGAAGAUCAGACAACAGUUUCUUGCAAGGACGAGUCUAUAA